AUGGCGGAUCCCAAAACAUACGAUUUCUGGAAGCUGUCUUCAGAGCCAUCGAAAACCAGCGACAAACCAAAAGCAUCCUCCAGUUCCAGAAUGUUCUCAUGCCUUUAUUGCACUCGUAGGUUCUGCACUUCCCAAGCUUUGGGAGGUCACCAAAAUGCCCACAAGACAGAAAGAGCGGCCAACAGAAGAACAUUCGCCGCCGGCGGUAUCCUCCUCCAGAAGGAAACACAACCACGACCACCCUUCUCUUACUGGCUCCAUCCACUUUCUUCGAUCCACUAUGCCUCCGGUGGCGGCUCCACCUCCACCUCAGCUUCUCUAGGUGUUUUUGGCGUUGGGUCAUUAACCCCAGAACCAUUUUCUCCUAACAGUGAUUCGACUGACCACCAUUUAGAAAUGCAGAAUGUAUCAUUGCUUUGUGGGGUUUUCUUUUAA